CAACGUCCAAGGCUCAGCAUCGGGGGAGAUCACAGCAGUGGGUGGGUUGUGUUGUUUGAACACUCCUCAGAUCCAAGUUUGAGUCCUGCGAGACAUUUUUGCUAUUCCCAGAUUUGGGAAUCCAUAAAUCUCCCCUCUGUCUCCUUCUCCAUCAAUCUCUUUUACAAUCCUCUCAAGAUGAAAAGAAAAGAACCCACUCAUUCAGAAUAUCCGAUCCACAAGCCCUCUUCCUCAUCGACCUCUCCACAUGUAAGUGAUUAUGAAGGCGGAACCAAAAGGCCGAAGGGAAAUGAUUACGAAGUGUUCUUGAGCUUCAGAGGGGAAGACACUCGCAAAGGCUUCACUGAUUAUCUCUAUACUAGCCUUGUCGAUGCAGGAAUUCAUGUCUUCAGAGAUGACAAUGAGCUCCAUGUUGGUGAGGAGAUUGGUCCAGAGCUUCUUUGCUGUAUUACAAAGUCUAUAAUCUCAAUCCCAAUUAUCUCGGAGAACUACAGUUCAAGCAAAUGGUGCCUUCGCGAGUUGGCGCAUAUGUUGAAGUGCAAGAGAAGCAAAGGGCAAAUAGUGUUGCCCAUAUUUUACAAAGUGGAACCCUCGCAGUUGCGACAUCUCACGGGGAGAUGGGCAGUUGCAAUCAAUGCACAUAAAGGGAAUUUGGGCGAGAUGGUUGUGAAGGAAUGGGAAGAAGCGCUUGAAGAAAUUAGUUCCCUAAAAGGAUGGGAAUCAGAGAAAAUUGAUAACGGGCAUGAAGGAAUAUUGGUUAAAAUUGUUGUCAGAAAAGUUAUGAGCGAGUUAAAAAGACUUUUUAUGCUACAUGUUCCUGAACAAUUGGUGGGAAUUGAUGAUCCCGUGGAAGAAAUUAUGAGCUGGAUAGAUGAUAAAUUCAAUGGUACAAGGAUUAUCGGAAUCUACGGAAUGGGCGGCAUUGGUAAGACAACUCUUGCAAAGGUGUUAUACAACAAACUCUCUAGUCAUUUUGAGUAUCUUAGCUUCAUGGCGAAUAUUCGAGAAACAUCUCAGCGUAAUGGUAUUGAAUGCAUACAAAAGCAGCUCAUUUCUGACAUAAUAAGAAGUUCUUGUGAUGUGUCUAACGUUGAUGCGGGAAUCGGAGUUAUCAAAUCUCGAUUUACAGGUAAGAAAGUCCUUAUUCUUCUCGAUGAUAUUGAUGAUUGUGCUCACUUGAAAGCUUUGGUCGGAGAUGGCAGUUGGUUUGAAACAGGAAGUAUAGUCAUCAUCACAACUAGAAAUAAGAGUAUUCUUGACAAGGCUAGGGCAGCCCACAAGUAUGAACUCAAGGAGUUGCCUUCUAAUCAAUCAUUGAUUUUAUUCAGUAGACAUGCAUUUCGAAAGGAUUCUCCUCUGAGUGAUUAUGAAGAUAUCUCUCGUGAUGUCGUAUGUACUACCGAGGGGCUUCCUUUAGCUCUUGAAGUUAUAGGCUCAUUCUUAUGUGGAAAGACAAAAGAAGCAUGGAAAGAUACAUUAAAGAAAUUGAAGAAAGUACCUCAUAAGAAAGUGCAAGAGACAUUGAGGAUAAGUUACAACGCAUUAGAUUAUGAGGACCAACAGAUAUUUUUGGAUAUUGCAUGUUUUUUUAUCGGAUCAUCUAAACAAUAUCCGACUUAUAUGUGGGAAAGUUGUGAUUUUUUCCCAAGGAAAGGGAUUGAAGUAUUGAGUCUUAUGUCCCUAAUUAAAAUUGACAAGCACGGCUAUCUAAGGAUGCAUGAUCAAUUGAGAGAUCUUGGAAGGGAAAUUGUUCGUCUAGAAAACCCGAAGGAGCCUCAAGAGCGUAGCAGAUUAUGGAUUAAUGAGGAAGCUAUGGAUGUGCUUGAAAGCAACAAGGGCACUAGCAAGAUUGAGGUCAUUCAUCUUGACAAGGGAGGAAGUUACACAGCGGAACAAUUUAAAGAACUGACCAACUUGAGGUUCCUUAAAAUGACCAAUGCGAAGUUCACCGCAGAUUUCCGAAUCGUGCUUCCUCAAUUAAGAUGGCUUGAGUGCGACGAUUGUCACUUGGAUUUAGAAGUGGCCAGCUUUCAUGCGAAGAAAUUAGUCGUGCUCGAUAUGUCGCGGACUCAAAUUUCAGAGAACUGGAGAGGAUGGGAUCCACUCAAGAUGUCAACUGAACUCAAAGUUCUCAAGCUCUCAUAUUGUCAAUCUUUGAGAAAAACUCCCGACUUGUCCGAUUUCAAAAGCUUGGAGAUUUUGAUCCUUCGAGGAUGUAACAAUCUAGAAGAGAUUCAUCAUUCUAUCAAGGAUAUCAAGACCCUCGUCUCAUUGGAUGUUAGUUGGUGUAAAAAACUGAAGAAGCUAUCGGCACGAGUGGGUAGGAUGGAAGAAUUGAGGGAGCUCUUCUUAAAUGAUACUGCUAUACAAGACAUUCCUAUUCCGAGAGAUUGUUUGAUGAAGUUGGAGAAUGCCUCCUACGAAGAUCUUGCUCAACUUCCAGAAUCUACGGACUCGAUCGAAAAGUUGGCAUCAUUGACUAAACUGGACCUAAAUGGAACAGGGAUUGAAGAAUUACCUGAAUUCAUUGGUUCUCUGAGAAUGCUCGAGACUCUUGAUGCCUCUUUUUGUGUAUCGUUAGCCUACAUACCCAGCUUCAUAGGUUCCCUCGUGUCUUUGCGGUGGUUGUCAUUACGGGGAUGCUCCUCGUUGAGGGAGAUUCCUGACUCAAUCGGAAAGUUGGUAUCAUUGACUAAACUGGACCUAUUUAAAACAGGGAUUGAAGAAUUACCUGAAUCCAUUGGUUCUUUAAGAAUGCUCGAGACUCUUGAUGCCUUUUGUUGUGUAUCGUUAACCUACAUACCCAGCUCCAUAGGUUCCCUCGUGUCUCUGCGGUGGUUGUCAUUACGGGGAUGUUGCUUGUUGAGGGAGAUUCCCGACUCGAUCGGAAAGUUGGCAUCAUUGAUUGAACUAGAGCUAUCUGCAAUAAGGAUUGAAGAAUUACCUGAAUCCAUUGGUUCUCUGAGAAUGCUCGAGACUCUUGAUGCCUCUUAUUGUGAAUUGUUAGACCGUAUACCCAGCUCCAUAGGCUCCCUCGUGUCUCUGCAGUGCUUGUCAUUAAAGGGAUGCCGCUCGUUGAGCGAGAUUCCCGACUCGAUCGGAAAGUUGGCAUCAUUGACUGAACUGGACCUAUCUGAAACUGGGAUUGAAGAAUUACCUGAAUCCAUUGGUUCUCUGAGAAUGCUCGAGACUCUUGAUGUCUCUUUUUGUGAAUCGUUAGCCUGCAUACCCAGCUCCAUAGGCUCCCUUGUGUCUCUGCAGUGCUUGUCAUUAGAGGGAUGUUGCUUGUUGAGAGAAAUUCCCGACUCGAUCGGAAAGUUGGCAUCAUUGACUGAACUGGAUCUAUCUGAAACAGGGAUUGAAGAAUUACCUGAAUCCAUUGGUUCUCUAAAAAUGCUUGAGACUCUUAAUGCCUCUUAUUGUGAAUUGUUAGCCUGCAUACUCAGCUCCAUAGGCUCCCUCGUGUCUCUGCAGUGCUUGUCAUUAAAGGGAUGCUGCUCGUUGAGCGAGAUUCCUGACUCGAUCGGAAAAUUGGCAUCAUUGACUGAACUGGACCUAUCUGAAACUGGGAUUGAAGAAUUACCUGAAUCCAUUGAUUCUCUGAGAAUGCUCAAGACUCUUAAUGCCUCUUCUUGUGUAUCGUUAGCCCGCAUACCCAGCUCCAUAGGCUCUCUCGUGUCUCUGCGGUACUUGUUAUUAGAGGAAUGCUGCUCGUUGAGAGAGAUUCCCGACUCGAUCAAAAAAUUGGAGGAUGCAGGAUGCUGGAUAUCUCGCACGAUCGCCUGAUCUUUCCAGAUCAAAACAUCUGAAGGCUAUUGUGUGUUGUGUGUUGAAAAGGGUGCCCUUUGGGGAAAUAACUUGUCAUUUGUCAUUUCAUCCUCGACACGAUACGAGCACCAGACUUCUAAAUUAUUUAUCUUUCCGCAAGUUCCGCAUUUGAAGGUAUUUUCUGCUCGUUCGCGGCCAUCUUAUAGCGUGUUUGUUUUGUUCGCACGGCUGAGUUGAACUUUUUAUCUAUCUUCUGUUUGCUUCUUCUAAUACCAGGCAUCCUGGUCCAUAUCUACGCUGUGGAAAUCACAAGACGUUGAGAGAACAAGCAGCUCUUCAAGAAACAUCCCCUCGCCUUCGACCCGUAGCCAUCUCGGUUUUCUUA